AUGUCUCAAAGUGAAAUGGAAUCAAGCACUCAACUCCUCAUCAAAAUUUACACCUUCUCUUACGUGUGGAAUCUCGGCUACCAGUCUCUACAUAUGGCAAGGAUAAGAAAUUCGGACCUACACCUGUUCCAGCCUUGGUCCAGACUUAACAUCUUAUACUGGAAUGCUCGUAGCGUAGUACAACAUAAGACGAACUUCCUGAUAUACUCCGAAAUAGCAAAUAGACAAGGAGGAGGUAUUCUCUUCCUCGUACGUAAUAAUUUAGUUUUAUCUUGCCUUCGCCAAAUCACUAAGCAAUCGGAUGAAAUAGAAAUCGCGGGCAUUCGCAUAGAAAAUGUAGAUCCCGUCAUAAACAUUGUUGCUUGCUACAGAAUACCCAACUACGUUUUGUCGCAAUCAAGUUGGAAUGACGUGUUUGAAUGCACAGACUUAAAUAAGAACACAAUAAUUUUAGAGGACUUUAAUGCCCAUAACACCAAAUGGAAUUGCUUAAAAAAUGACAUAAAUGGUGACAGACUGGACCACAGCAUUAAUUUAAAAAACUUGUUUUUACAUAACUCAAAUACAUCUACUCAUAUCAAUUCCUACAAUAGAAAAAAAUCAAAUAUUGACCUUGUUUUCUCGUCUACUUCUCUAGCAGACAAAAUUUCAGUUAAUGUAAAAAACGAUACAUUCGGAUCAGACCACUUUCCUAUCGAAGUAGAAGUGGAUAAUGAAAAAUAUAACAACAACCCGGUCCCGUGGUGGGACUACGAAUGUAACAAAAUAAAACGCUUAAGACGCGCAUCUUUCAGAAAAUGGGAAUAUAGCGGAAGUAUGACCGACUUAAUCGAGUAUAAAAGGAUUUGUGCCUUAGCUAAAAAACUGUUCAAAAAAAAGAAAAAAGAGCAUUUCAGAAACUUUGCUGAAACAAUCAACUUUCGAACGAGCAAAAGUUACGUCUGGAAUAAAUGCAAAAUUUUAAAUAACAGUUUCAUAAAAGCAAAAUCACCGGAUAUGAUGGAUAAAAGCACCUAUAACGACAAAAGUACUACUUGUAUUCAAAAGGUUUGCCCACCCUGGGUUGCCACAGAUCCGAAUUGGCUUCCUCCUUGUAGCAAAAACUCGUUUUUUGACGAUUAUUUCACAUUCGAGGAAUUCAACAAAGCACUAAACUCGUGCAAAAUAAAGUCGUCUCCUGGUCUUGAUGGCAUAGACUACACUAUCUUAACUAAACUACCGAUUAAAUAUAAGCUCAUUCUCUUGGAUAUUUACAAUGGAAUGUUUCAAAGCAGCGAUUUUCCUGACACGUGGAUCCAUACGUACAUUUAUAUGAUAAACAAGCCAGACGGUAACUCGGUUAGACCGAUUGCAUUGACUUCUUGUUUAUGUAAACUCUUUGAAAAGUUAUGUAAAAAUAGACUUCAGUGGUGGUUAGAACAUAAUAAUCUAAUCCCGGUAGGACAAUCCGGUUUUCGUAAAGCUAAAUCUUGCUAUGAUAAUUUAGCGUUUCUAACUUUAGAAAUAGACCAAGCCUUAUCGGAAAAACAAAACGUACUCGCAGCUUUUUUAGACGUAUCUAAUGCUUUUCCCAACGUUUUAUCAGACUGCUUACUAAGCAAACUUGCUGAGAUAAAAUGCUCUGAAUCAUUGAUUAAAUUUGUUAAAUUCUUAACUUAUGAAAGAAUUCUUCAUACAGACAUUUCGGAUCACGAGAUAAAAACUUUACAUAAAGGUGUCCCACAAGGAGGUGUCCUUAGUCCGCUCCUCUACCUCAUAUACGUAUCAAGUAUAACGAUCGGUCUUCCGAAGGAUGUUGAGAUUGUGCAAUUCGUUGAGAUAGUGCGAUCUACACAAAAAAAAUUCCCUCCAAAAAUGUACAAAUUCACUCGAAACGGUAACGCUAAGAUUAGAAUAAAUAACCACGUAAUCAAAUCAUGUGAAACAGUUCGGUUUUUGGGAAUUAUAUUUGAUUAUUCAAUGUCGUUUAGCCAUCAUAUAAAUAUGAUUCAAACAAAAUGUAACUCUGCAAACAUUAUUAGAUACCUAUGUGGAACGUGGUGGGGAGCAGACCCACACACGCUGCUUAUUCUUUACAAAAGUUCCGUUCGAUCGCUAAUGGAGUAUGGUAGCUUCAUCUAUUUUCCAACACAUAAAAAGCUCAUGGCAAAAAUUGAACAAAUACAAUGUGCAGCAGUAAGAAUAAUUCUUGGAUUGAGAAAAACAACACCGACAAACAUCUUAAUAGCAGAAUCUAAACUUCCUUUUAUGAGAGAACGCGCGUGUUAUCUAUGUUAUAGAUUCCUUGCUAAAAGCAUGUCGUAUAAAAAGAAUCUAAUGUGGGGUGAAAUAAAUUACUUUAUAAGCAGUAGAAAAAAUAAAAGAUUACUGAUUGAGUGUAUUGAUAAUAUUUUUAAAUUAACUGAACAUACGGAAGUGCAAAAUCAUUUACCUAUCUACGACUUUGACUAUAAAGUGAACCUUAUUUCAAUACCUUUUGACAAACAGCUUGGAGAUUUCUUAAAAAAGACAAGUGAUCCAAACGCUGUGCUUAAUUCAUUUUUGAACGAACAUAACAGUUUAAAUAUCUACACAGACGGAAGUAAAAUGCAAGAUAACCGCCACGUUGGCGUUGCAUGCAUAGUACCCUCUUUGAACAUUGAAAUAAGCAAAGCUAUUAAUCAUAACGCUUCAAUUUAUACAGCAGAAUGUAUAGCACUGAAUCUUGCUAUGGAUAUUGCGCUUCAGCAUGGCAAUCAAGAAGUAUUUAUUUUUACUGAUUCUUUAAGCGUACUUGAGAGUCUUUUCUCUACACAAGACAAAGCUAAUGCUAAUCGAUAUAUCUUAACAAUAAAAGAAAAAUAUUGCAGAUAUUCUGAAUUAACAGAUCAAAACAAACUAAAAUUUUUUUGGCUACCUUCGCAUGUUGGAAUCAAAGCAUUUGGCUCAGCUUCUUACAUAUACGUACCGGAUACUUACUUCAAAUUCCGUUCCGCUGCCUAA